CUGGCCGGGACCCCCCACGAAUGUCUGUGCCGCCGCGUAGAGCCUUGAACGCCAGCCUCAGCCCGGCCCUCUCUCCCUCUGCAGGGCGGUGUCUCUGGCUCCGAGUCCCGCUGCUCCUCUUGCUGCUGCCCCGGGUGCUGCCCGCGGAGCCCCGGGCGCCGGCGCCGGUGAACCCCUGUUGUCACUACCCAUGCCAGCACCAGGGUAUCUGUGUCCGCUUCGGUCUUGACCAGUACCAGUGUGACUGCACCCGCACGGGCUAUUCUGGCCCCAACUGCACCGUCCCCGAGCUAUGGACCUGGCUCCGGAAUUCGCUGCGGCCCAGUCCCUCCUUCCUCCACUUCCUGCUGACGCACGGGCGCUGGUUCUGGGAGUUUAUCAACGCCACCUUCAUCCGUGACCUGCUCAUGCGGCUGGUGCUCACAGCACGUUCUCAACUUAUUCCCAGCCCCCCGACCUACAACCUAGCAUAUGACUACAUCAGCUGGGAGUCCUUCUCCAAUGUGAGCUAUUAUACUCGAGUUCUGCCCUCCGUGCCCCAAGACUGCCCUACGCCCCUGGGGACCAAAGGGAAGAAGCAGUUGCCAGAUGCCCAGCUCCUGAGCCACCGUUUCCUGCUCAGGAGGAAGUUUAUACCUGACCCCCAAGGCACCAACCUGAUGUUUGCCUUCUUUGCACAACACUUCACCCACCAGUUCUUCAAAACGUCUGGCAAGAUGGGCCCUGGCUUCACCAAGGCCUUGGGCCAUGGGGUGGACCUUGGCCACAUUUAUGGAGAUAAUCUGGAACGUCAGUAUCACCUGCGGCUCUUUAAGGAUGGGAAACUCAAGUACCAGGUGCUGGACGGAGAGAUGUACCCGCCAUCCGUGGAAGAGGCGCCUGUGUUGAUGCACUACCCACACGGCGUCCCGCCGCAGAGCCAGAUGGCCGUGGGCCAGGAGGUGUUCGGGCUGCUGCCUGGGCUCAUGCUCUAUGCCACGAUCUGGCUGCGUGAGCACAACCGCGUGUGUGACCUGCUGAAGGCUGAGCACCCCACCUGGGGCGAUGAGCAGCUCUUCCAGACAGCCCGCCUUAUCCUCAUCGGGGAGACCAUCAAGAUCGUGAUCGAGGAGUAUGUGCAACAGCUGAGUGGCUACUUCCUGCAGCUGAAGUUUGACCCGGAGCUGCUGUUCAGCGCCCAGUUCCAGUACCGCAACCGCAUCGCCACGGAAUUCAACCACCUCUACCACUGGCACCCGCUCAUGCCCGACACCUUCAAGGUGGGCUCCCAGGAGUACAGCUAUGAGCAGUUCCUGUUCAACACCUCCAUGCUGGUGGACUAUGGGGUCGAGGCCCUGGUGGACGCCUUCUCUCGCCAGAGUGCUGGCCGGGUCGGUGGGGGUAGGAACAUGGACCACCAUGUACUGCAUGUGGCUGUGGAAGUCAUCAAGGAAUCGCGAGAGCUGCGAUUGCAACCCUUCAAUGAGUACCGCAAGAGGUUCGGCCUGAAACCCUACACCUCCUUCCAGGAGCUCACAGGAGAGAAGGAGAUGGCAGCUGAACUGGAGGAGCUAUAUGGAGACAUUGAUGCUUUGGAGUUCUACCCGGGGCUGCUUCUCGAGAAAUGCCAUCCGAACUCCAUCUUUGGGGAGAGUAUGAUAGAAAUCGGGGCCCCCUUUUCCCUCAAGGGCCUCCUGGGGAACCCCAUCUGCUCUCCGGAGUACUGGAAGCCGAGCACAUUUGGGGGCGAGAUGGGCUUCAACAUUGUCAAGACUGCCACGCUGAAAAAGCUGGUCUGCCUCAACACCAAGACCUGUCCCUACGUUUCCUUCCGUGUGCCCAAGCCCCACCAGGGUAACAGGCCUGCUGUGGGGCCGUCCACAGAGCUCUGAGGGGUGGGCAGCAGCACUGUGGAGGGCAGAGUUCUGUGCUGAGCAUUUCAGGAUGCCGAGGCCAGGGCUGACAGCCUCAAACGCUGGGUUUCUGGUUCGGUGUCAAGAGUGUCAGGGUUGACAUUUAGAACUUUGCGUCUCUCAUCCAUUAUCUGGAACACUGUGGUCUUUUUGUUAUUCUAGAAUGCUGAAUGCCUGGCUAGCCAUCCAGAAUGUUAGGAGUGGUUCUCAGUUGGCAUAUCAGAACACCGGGUUCCUGGUGGACCACCUAGAAUGUCGGAUUUUUGGAAUGUUGACUUUGAUUACAGGUGUUCUAGAACGUGGAACUCUUGAUGAAAUCAUCUAGAGAGUUGGGGGUUCUUAUUUUGCAUUUUAGAAUGCUGGCUGGCUCUCCAGAAGUUGACUUUCUAAUUGGCGGCACAACCAGAAUGUUGUGCUCCCGGUUGCUGAUCCAGAACAGCAGCUCCCAUGCCGGAUCAGUCCUGAUCUGAAAGUCCAGGAUGUUGAUUUGAUUCAUUUUCCUGUUCAGUGAGAUAACCCACAGAGCAGGAGACUCCAAUGUCUAAUAAGAAUGCAUUGCCUGAAUCUGUGCCUGCGGUGAGGAGGGUAAGGAGGUGGGGACCCCAACUAAGACCCUGGUUGAGAACGUAAGGAGGACAGGGGGCCUUUUGCAGGCCAUGGGUUGGGAGCCACCAGAGCUCUGUCUCCAUCUGGUCUUGACUCGUGGCAGCUGUUUCUCAUGAAGCUAAUAAAAUUCUUUUUCCAAAUUG